AACACUUUUGAAGUUUUGUCAAUACUUGUGACAUAUUUUUAAACCAAGUGUUCUGGCCACUGAAACUAUUUUAGACAAAUAAUAAUGCCACUGACAGGAAAAUUCCACAGCCGUGCCAAGCAGGCUAAAAUAACAGGUCAACACAAUCCCCAGCAAUGUAAUCACAGUCUCAAUGGAACACUGAUCCAUUACAUACCUAAAAAAGCCACAGAGGGAAAGGAGAUGAUAAAAACUAUCGAUGCUGAAGGAUCUCGAGAUCUCAUAGUCCCAAAUCGAUACCCAAUCGAUAGACCAGCGAUACUUGGAACGUCGGAAUUUCAACGAUUGAAAAAGCAAGCUCAUGUAAGUCCAAGAAUAAUAGCAAGUUCUAAGACAUUUCUGAGAUUAAAAGAACUGAUGAUAGAACAGGAUGACAGAGUUAAAGUGGCAAAUGGCGUUAUUUUAGCAGCAAAAUGUAGAGCGAUAAGAAAUGCUCAAAUAGCCGAAAAAAAGUUGAUAGAGAAACAAUUGCAAGAAGAGAAUAAACGAUUAGAUAUGAUGAUGGAGCAACAGAGGCAGAAACUUAUACAAAUCGAAGCACAGAAAAGGGAAUCAGAUGAUAAAAAGAAACAAAGGUAUGUUGUUGAAGUUAAACAACAGAUCAAAGAGAAUGAGAUUGGGCAAUUACUGGAAGCAGAAAAAAUUGAGGAGGAAAGCAGAAUGUUGAAUAAGGCUUUAAUUGCUUUGCAAAAAGACGAAGAAGAAAAAAUGCAAAAGAAGAAAGAAACUCAGAUGAAAAUGAGAGAAGAGUUCAGAAGAGCGAAUGAUGAAGCAAAACACUACAAAACUUUAAGAGAAGAAGAGCAGAGAAUUUCUGACAUGAGAAAAGAACGAGAAUGGAGAGAAAAUGAGAAGGUCGCUGCAAAGAAGAAGUUGGAAAUAAUAUCGGAUCUGAGGGCGGCUCGAGCUAAACAAAUCGAAGAUAUUAGAAAAGCCCAAGCUGUAUCCCUUGCAAGAGAUGAAGAAGACUUCAUGAAGGUCGCUAAGGUGCAGAGAGAACUUUUUGAAAAAGAUUUGGAAGAACAGAAAAAGAAAAAGGAGCAGAUCGCUCAACACAGAAAAGAAUUGCUGAAACAAAUAAACGAAAAAGAAAGGGAAAGGAUCAAUUGGCAACAGGAGAAGUUCGAAGAUGGAAAAGCCCAAAGGCUAGAAUUUGAGGUCAAAGACCGUAAUGUGGAAGAUUAUCUGAAACUGAAAAUGGAGAAAUUGAAGGAACAUAACCUCCCCGAACAAUAUAUAAGUGAUAUCGAGAGACAGCUGAAACUGAAGAAAUGAUUCCUGAAAAAUACUUUUUCUGAUGAUUCAUUCACGUAUAGAAAUGAAUGUAUAGCUGAUUAAAGAUGCCUGUGAUGAUUUCGA